AUGAAAGAAAUGAAACUAGUUUGGUCCCCAGAGAGAGCAACAAACUCAUACAUCGAUACUGUUCAAGCCGUACGCACUACUCACUGCCACCUUUCAAGCGAAUCCGGCGUGGCGGAGCUGAUAUCCGCUAUGGCAGCGGGAUGGAACGCGCAGCUGAUAGUUGAAACAUGGUCACGUGGUGGAGUUAUUCCAACGAGUAUUGGUUUAUCCAUAGCAAGCCGCCACACAGGUGGAAGACACGUAUGUAUAGUUCCUGAUGAACGGUCGAGAUUAGAGUAUGCAAAGAUCAUGGGAGAAUCGGGUAUGUCGCCGGAAAUUAUGGUUGGUGAACCGGAAGAGGUGAUGGAUGAUUUGGUCGGAAUAGAGUUCUUGGUUGUCGAUUCUCGGAGAAAGGAUUUUUCAAGAGUUUUGAGGCUAGCUGAGUUGAGUGGAAAAGGUGCUGUGUUGAUAUGCAAGAAUGCCAAUUGUAUUUCUAAGAUGGAUUCUGGUUAUAUAUGGCGGAGCGUGGUGGCGAGGGGAUCGAGACGACUUGUUCGCUCGGUGUUUCUUCCGGUGGGGAAGGGGCUUCAUAUGGCACACUUAUCCUCCGCCGCUGGUGGUGAGAACGCGCAUAAGGAAAAUGUUAUUCCGAAUCGAUGGAUCAAACAUGUUGAUCGAAAAUCAGGGGAUGUUCAUUUUAUUCGAAAAUGA